AUGUGGAUCACUCGAAACAUAUUCCUAUAUCUGUUCUUUACCUCAGCUUUUCUCUUACCAAACCCAGACUUCUGUCAGCUCCAGGGACACUUCAAGUUGAAUGGGAUGUACCAGGAUGGAGAUUUCAUUAUUGGAGGCCUGUUUGAGGUUCAGAAUCUCGAAGUAUUUCCAGAACUGAGCUUUGCAAUGGAGCCAGAACAGCCCAAGUGUGAAGAAUUUUACAUGGCAAGCUUUCAGUUGGCACAGACUAUGGUUUUUGCUUUAAAUGAGAUCAACAAUAAUCACAAUCUGCUGCCUAACAUUACGCUUGGUUACCAAAUCUAUGACAACUGUUUACGACUUGGAGUGGCAUUUCGUGCUGCCAUAGCUUUAAUAAGUGGGACAGAGGAGACCAUCUCCAACCUUAACUGUACUGGACCACCACCAGUGAUUGGGAUCAUUGGGGAUUCAGGUUCCACUCAAUCCAUUGCAAUAUCCAGUGUGCUGGGGUUGUUCAAAGUGCCUAUGGUUAGCUAUUAUGCCACCUGUUCCUGUUUGAGUGACAGGAAGAAAUAUCCCUCCUUCUUCAGAACUAUUCCCAGUGAUGCCUUCCAGGUUCGAGCUAUGGUUCAGAUCUUGAGACAUUUUGGAUGGACCUGGGUUGGUCUUCUGUAUAGUGAUGAUGAUUAUGGCAUCUACGCUGCUCAGUCCUUUCACCAGGAGAUGCAGCUGUUUGGAGGUUGUGUUGCUUUUUCUGAAAUCAUUCCCUAUGAUAACAACCGCAGAGAUAUUCAGCGCAUAGUAAAAGUCAUUCAGACCUCUACAGCAAAGGUUAUAGUAGCAUUUUCAACUGAUCUGUUUGUUCUAAUGGAUGAAUUGUUGAUGCAAAACGUAACAGGCAAGCAGUGGAUUGCAAGCGAAGCCUGGACCACAACACCUAUAUUGCACUCUUCACAUUUUCUGCCUCUACUGGGAGGCACGCUGGGCAUUGCUAUACGACGAGGAGAGAUUCAAGGAUUCCUUGACUUUCUGCUACGCCUCCAUCCUGACAACAAUCCAAAAAAUAAUAUGGUGAAAAUUUUCUGGGAGAACAUGUUUGGGUGCAAGUUUAAAACUGGAGACAGAGAAAUGAAAGAAGAAAAAAUAUGUACAGGGCAAGAGGAUCUGAGCAGCACAAACACAGCAUACACUGAUGUAUCACAACUGAGGGCCUCAUAUAAUGUGUACAAAGCAGUUUAUGCCCUGGCAUAUGCACUUCAUGAUCUAAUGCAGUGUGAGGAGGGGAGAGGACCAUUCAGUGAUAACACCUGCGCUGACAUAACAAACCUGCAGCCCUGGCAGGUGGUCCAUUACUUACAGAAGGUGAACUUCACCACAGGUUUUGGGGAUCGUGUGUCAUUUGAUAAGAAUGGAGAUGCUCUGGCCACUUAUGAUGUGAUGAACUGGCAGCCGAGCUCUGAUGGGUCAAUCAUUGUCCGAACAGUCGGUGUGGUGGAUGAAGGGGCGGCAACAGGAAAAGUGCUCACACUGGAUGAAGAUGCAUUAUACUGGAACUUUGAGACAAGAAAACCCCCACGGUCUGUGUGCAGUGAGAGCUGCCCACCAGGCACCAGACGAGCCAGGAGGAAAGGCCUUCCUGUCUGCUGUUUUGACUGCCUGCCUUGUGCAGAUGGAGAGAUUUCUAAUACAACAGAUUCAGCUGAAUGUUUUUUGUGUCCAAAUGACUUUUGGUCCAGUCCAGAAAAUGACCACUGUGUUCCCAAAGAAGUGGAGUUUCUGUCCUAUGAGGAACCUCUGGGCAUCUCGCUGACCACUGCUUCUUUUCUAGCAAGAAAUCUUCCAGAUAGUUUUAAUGAAGCAAAGUUCAUUACUUUUAGUAUGUUGAUCUUUUGUGCUGUAUGGAUUGCAUUUGUUCCAGCUUAUGUCAGCUCACCAGGGAAAUAUGCAGUGGCUGUGGAGAUUUUUGCCAUCCUGGCUUCCAGUUUUGGAUUACUGGUGGCCAUAUUUGCUCCGAAAUGCUACAUCAUCCUCUUACAUCCAGAAAGAAACACUAAAAAAGCAAUAAUGGGAAGAGGCACAGAGAAGAAAUAG